AUGGGUAAAGAAAAGCCGGGAUUCCUCACUCCUAAGGCAAUUUCAAACCGUAUCAAAUCAAAAGGAUUACAGAAGCUGCGAUGGUACUGUCAAAUGUGUCAAAAGCAGUGCCGAGACGAAAAUGGGUACAAAUGUCACACAAAUUCGGAAUCACAUCAUCGUCAAAUGAAAAUCUUCAUGGAGAAUGGUGGGAAAUUCAUUAGUGGCUUUUCUUCUGAAUUUCUCAAAGGCUAUCUGGACAUUGUGAGGCGUCAAUUUGGCGGCAAGCGAGUUCAUGCUAAUGUUGUGUAUCAGGAAUACAUAAAGGAUAAGGAACACAUUCACAUGAACGCCACUCGAUGGCAUUCGCUUACCGGUCUCUGUCUGUGGCUCGGCAAACAGGGUAUCUGUCGUGUUGAUGAGACUGAAAAGGGUUGGUAUAUUGAGUAUAUUGAUCGCGAUCCUGAAGCCGAGAGUCGGAGGGCUUCUGAUGCUCGACUGACGAAAACUGAGGACGAGAUAAAUCGUCAGUUACUGGCUAAGCAAAUAGAGAAGGCUGCAGCUAGCAAACCGGUAACGGACGAAAAGGACUCCAAGGAGGUGAAACCCCUCAUUCGACAAGAUGAUAAUGCCCCUAUAAAAUUGGACCUGCAGCUCGGUUCAGCCAAAGCCAAAUCCGAUUCACAGGUUGGCGAUACUGAUGUACAGUCUAAUAUCCCAGAGAAUAUACAAAAGUCGGACCACGUUGACGAGCCUACUAGCAGUGAUCAGAUGUCGCCAAGCGCCUCCGGUCGUGUAUUAUCCCCAAAAAUCUCAGUAGUGGAAAAAUCAGAAACCGCCGGAAAAGUUCAGAAAAUCAUUAAUCCUCUUUUAUUGGCGGAGAAGAAGGCACAGAAAAACCGAGCUCUUUCUGACGCCGACAAACUAAACAAUUCCUCAGUGGUAGCUACGUCAUCUUCAUCAGCUGGAGUCAAACGAAGCAGUUUGGAUGAACUGAUGGCUGAGGAGGAAAUGUACAAAGAAAAACGUAACCGCAAGGAUUACUGGAUGACUGUUGGAAUUGAGGUUAAACUGACAUACUAUAAACUUCCCAAAGACCUCCUCUAUCGCCAUGCCGUGAUUCUGGACAUGGAAGAUGACUACACGGCUAUCGUUCGAGUACUAAAUACCUCAAAGACGAAGCUGAAGGUCGAUCAGGAUCACGUGGAAACAGUUAUACCUCCCGUUGGUGAUCCUGUUCUCGUUGUCAAUGGCGCCUAUCGCGGUGAGGUGGCCAUUCUUAAGCAGGUCGACAAAGAAAGGUUUCGGGUGGAUAUUGUCAUUGAAUCGGGACUCUGUCGUGGACGUAUGGUUCGUGAUGUGUCCAUGGAGGAUAUUUGCAAGGUCUGCGACAUCAGCGCAAAUUAA